AUGCUGCUGCAAGAAGCCGCCGACGUGCUGGCCAAGCACUGGCUCCCCAGCAUCCUCGCCUUGGCCGCUGUUUACCUGGCAGCGAGUUACACAAUCGAAUACCGCCGCCUCCGCGGCUUCCCCGGCCCGCUCCUUGGUUCCUUUUCGUACCUGUGGCUAGCCUACAAUGGCGUCAGGGGCCGUCAGGGAGCCAUCUACUACGAGACCAUGAAGAAGUACCGCGUGCCGGAGCACUCGUUCGUCCGCAUCGGGCCCAACGACCUGAUGACCGACUCGCCCGAGGUGGUGCGGCGCAUGUCGUCGGCGCGCUCCACCUACCUCCGCAGCAGCUGGUACCGCACCACCAAGCUGGACCCGUACGGCGACUCGCUGCUGAGCACGCUCGACACGGCCCACCACGACGCCCUCAAGGCCAAGGCCGGCAGGGGCUACGCCGGCCGCGACAACGAGAACCUCGAGAGCGACAUCGACGGCCAGGUGCGGGCGCUCAUCGGAUUGCUCGAGCGCAAGUACCUGAGCAGCGAUCACGGCGGCGGCCUCGGUGACGGCUCGUCCUUUAGGCCCGUCGACAUGGCCACCACCAUGCAGUACUUUACCCUCGAUGCCAUCACCAAGCUGGCCUACAGCAACGCCUUUGGCUUCUUGGAGCGCGACAUGGACGUGCACGGCUACAUGAAGGCCAUCAGGGACGUGGUCCCCCUGAUCAUCGUCUCGUCCGAGUGGCCGCUGGCGGGAAGUGUAUUCUUCAGCUCGUGGUUUCUCAAGCUGUUUGGUCCGACACCUACAGACAAGACGGGAGUUGGAAAGAUCAUGGGAACUCUAAGAGAAGUCGUGGCCACACGCUUCGGACCCGAAGCCAAAGACCGACCCGACAUGCUGGGAUCAUUUGUGCGCAACGGCCUUUCGCAGUACCAGUGCGAGCAGGAGGUCAUGCUUCAGAUCGUGGCCGGUUCCGACACGACGGCGACGGCGCUACGUGGCACCCUGCUGCGUCUCUGCUCGACACCCAAGGUCUACCUGAAGCUUCAGAAAGAGAUCGACGAGGCGGUGCGGUCUGGAAUGGUAGGCGAGGGCGUCAUCCACCACGAAACGGCCAAAAAGCUGCCCUACCUUCAGGCCGUCAUCUACGAAGGUCUGCGCCUCAACCCCCCUUUCACCGGCGUCCUGAUGAAGGAGGUGCCUCCGGGAGGUGACGAGAUGGACGGCGUCUUCAUCCCCGCCGGUGUGCGCAUCGGCGUCAGCGCCAAAAGCAUCCAGAUGCGGCAGGACGUCUACGGCCACGACGUCGACUUGUUCCGGCCCGAGAGGUGGACCGAGUGUGACGAGCAGACGCGGAUGCGCAUGGCCGCAAACACGGAGCUCGUCUUUGGGUACGGGCGGUGGAUGUGUGCCGGCAAGAACGUGGCUUUUAUGGAGCUCAACAAGGUUUACUUUGAGUUGCUCCGACGCUUCGACUUUCAGGUCGUCGACACUAAAAACCCAGUCAAAGAGGAGAAUUUCAAUGUCGUAUUUCACAAGGAUAUGUUUAUGAAGGUUACCAGGCGGGUGCUUUAG